AUGCGGUCAGAUAAACUGCUCCCACCGUUUGUGUCAAAUAGAGUCGAGGAGGUCAAAAAGAAUUUACCAGAAGCAGUAUGGUACUAUAUAAAUACCAAAUCGAACCCUGCUGAUCUCGCUACGCGACCAGAAAACUGGGAACACAAAAAGGAGUUGUGGUUCAAUGGCCCAGAGUUCUUGAAGUUAGACGAAAGCUACUGGCCUAAAGACCGUCUUUAUGACAGCCAUCACAACACUCUUCUCUCUGUUGGGGAGGGUCUAGUUCAGAGUCCAGGUGAGCAAAUAAUAGAUACAACGAAAAGCUCUGAACAAGAACAACCCAACCAGGACUUGACUGAACUAGAUGCACCACCACAAGAAGUUGAGGCAACAAAUGAACUCAUGUCAAAAAUUAAAAAAUUGCAAAGUGAAUGUUUUGCUGAAGAGUUAGAGGGAAAAAGGACUCAUUUAGUCAGAAACUUGGAAUUAUUUGUGGAUGUUGAUGGUAUACUUAGAACAAGGGGUCGAAUGGGUAAUACAACGUGGAGCUAUGACAUGAAGCAUCCCAUACUUUUGCCUAAAGACGCAGAGCUCACGAGGAUGAUAAUCAAGGAAGCUCAUGAAAGUAAUUAUCACGUUGGAGCCCCUCACACACUCAGCAUUCUUCGAAAGAAAUAUUGGAUACCACAAGGGAAGACCCAGGUGUUGAAGGUCAUUAAACAAUGUUCAAGAUGCAUAAAACAUGGAGGUGGGCCUUACAACCUUCCACCUGCACCACCACUGCCUGCGGAAAGGGUGACGUACAAUACUCCCUUUACAUAUACCGGUGCAGACUACUUUGGCCCGUUGUAUGUACUGGACUCCUCGAACAACAAGGUGAAAAGAUGGGUGGCCUUAUUUACCUGCUUGACAGUGCGAGCCAUCCAUUUAGAGGUGGUCAAAGACCUAACAGCAGAAGAAUGUCUUCUAGCCAUUAGGCGGUUCGCAGCAGCCAAAAACACGCCGAAGAAAAUAUACUCGGACAACGCCACCUAUUUCAGGCUAACCAGUGAAGUAAUGAAACAACCAUUUUGCAUCAAGAAUUGUAUCGAGUGGAAAUUCAUCCCUCAGCUUGCUCCAUGGCAUGGAGGAUUUUAUGAACGCAUGGUGGGCUUAGUGAAACACUGUCUGAAGCGUACAUUAGACAAACAUUUACUCAAUGAUAGUCAACUGCUCACUAUCAUCAAAGAGGUGGAAAAUGUGGUAAAUGCAAGACCUUUAACGAAAGUUGGACCUGAGUUAGAACAUAUACUGAGCCCUUCUGACUUCUUAAGCUUCGGUAAAUGCUUGACCGUAGAUUCAGCUGCCGUGGAAAUACCGGCUAAUGGCACGCAACUGAAAGUCGACCUAAUUACAAGCUGGAAAAGAGGCCUUAAGAUCCUAGAGGAAUUCAAACUUAUGUUUGUAAAUCAAUACCUAGCAAGCCUAAGGGAGAGAUAUCGCCAGGAUCCGAAGCAGCCUAGAAUUAAAUCACAGCGGGUACCUCACCAUGGAGACUAUGUUCAGUUAAAGGAAAACAGUAAGAACAGAGACAACUGGAAAGUUGGUAAAAUCGUAGAGUUGAUCAAGGGCGCUGAUGGCGAAUGUAGAGUCGCUAAAGUCAAAGUCGACGACUCUAUUUUUUCCAGGUCUCUCGGUCAUCUUUAUCCUCUUGAGGCUGAUAGUGAGGAAGGUGAUAAACCAGAGCCGGAAGCAAAUUUGGAAUCUAAAAAUAGAUAUGAAGCUCCGGUACCUGACGUGAUCGAACAAGUAAGCCGCGUAAACAGUCCCGUACAUGCCUCCGACGUAAAUUCGGAUGAAAUUCAAAGCAGUGACUAUCACCUUAUGGGGGGCGAUAACAUGAGCAAUAAAUAUGAGAUGAUCAUUGAGCCAAGUACGUCAGUUGAUGAUCGAGCAGGGGUGGUUGCUCCUGUUGAUGUCCCCAUGGACACAAGAGGAAGAGAGAAACGAGGUGCUGCUGUGCGAGCCCGGGAGAAGAUCCUGGAGUGGACCAAGCAUCUCUUCACCCUGCUGCAAUAA